CACAGAGUGAAUCCAAUGACAAAAAGACAAUAUGCUGAGACUGCUGUGUGUUGUGCUGAGCAUCCUCCACCACCAAGCCUAUGGUGGGCCAGUUAUGUCAAAACGGAUAGUCGGGGGGACGGACAGUGAGGAAGGGGAAUGGCCCUGGCAGAUCAGCCUGGAGUUCGAGGGUGGUUUCCUCUGCGGGGGAUCCCUUCUCACAGAUAGCUGGGUGCUGACUGCGGCUCACUGCUUUGAUUCGAUGAAUGUCUCCAAAUAUACGGCCUAUCUUGGGGUCUACCAACUCUCUGACCUUGACAACGCAGUAUUGAGGGGAGUCAAAAAUAUCACGGUGCACCCUGAUUAUAUGUACGAGGGAUCGAGUGGAGAUAUCGCACUUAUCGAACUGGAAGAACCCAUCGUCUUUACCCCUUCCAUCCAGCCAGUCUGCCUUCCUUCCCAGGACGUUCCGUUACCUAUGGGGACUAUGUGCUGGGUGACUGGAUGGGGGAACAUUAAAGAAAACACGCCGUUAGAAGAUCCUCAGACCCUGCAGAAAGCCGAGGUUGGUUUAAUUAACCGUACCAGUUGUGAGGCCAUGUAUCAAUCCAGCUUGGGAUACAGACCCAGUAUUCACCUAAUCCAGGAUGAUAUGAUCUGUGCCGGAUACAAGCAGGGCAAAAUAGAUGCCUGCCAGGGAGACUCAGGGGGACCACUUGUGUGCAACACCAGCAACACAUGGCUACAGUUUGGCAUUGUAAGCUGGGGUCUCGGAUGUGCUGAGCCUAAUCAGCCUGGUGUCUACACCAAUGUCCAGUACUAUCUAACCUGGAUACAAGAGCUAGUGCCUUCAGUUAUGUUCUGUGAUGGAGAACCAAGCAUUGCUACCACUACAUUCACAGACCUCUCACAGUCCGUUAGUAUAAGCUCUGACUUAGAUGGGGCCUUUAGGGAAAACCUAAAAAACAGAGCUCAUACUCAGUCGUGGUCCCUGGUAACCAUAGCACUUUCUCUCAUUUGUCUGUGUAAUGGGCUUCUUUUGUAGGAAGAAAGAAGGAACCGAUUCGCUGUGUUCUGACACAAGAGCUGUUAUAUUAGGAGGCUAUGGUGGUCAUUUGUUGGGGGUUAGUGGACUAUUUAAAGGGAUAGUAAACCCUGCUGCACAGCGCGGCUCAAUCAAACUUUACUCAGCUGUUGCUGGACUACAAAUCCCAGAAUAAUGUAACAUAUAAUGAAGGGUGAGGCAUGCUGGGAGCUGUAGUCCAGCAACAUCAGGGUUGGAUUCUUAAAGCAAUAUUGCCCAAUAAAACUUUCCCAGCUCUCUAGGGCCCGCAUUGGCAGCAUUGAAAUGCAAAAGAAUCCUCCAAUGAGAAUCCCAGCUGAUCUGUAUAAAUCUGGCUCCCUGUUCUCUGUUCCUGCAAUUGGAGUUGGGAGCAUUAAGCACAGUUUCCCAGCACUGAACAAGUCUGUCCCUUUAUCCCCAUGUCUGAUUCCUGUGCCAUAUAAUGACGGGAAAAUGCCAUCAUUAUCUCUAUAUGUAAGGUACCAGCAAGGGGCCUGACACAGUGCUGGCAAUCAGCAUUCUCAUUGGUCACUUCUCUUGCAUCUAUAAUUAAGUUUUGGGUCAGUAGAAUUCUCAUUGGUGAAUUGGUUUCCAUGUAUAAUUAGUCUAGGGGUGUUUUCUGUGGCAAAACCUAGCGAUAAAUUUCGCUCAUCCCUAACGAGCUCAUCAUGUUACCCAUUAACCUUGUACCCAUUAUUGUAUAUAUUGUAUAUAGUGUGUACAUGACUGUAAAUAAAGUAGUAGUAUUCUAUGAAA